GCGGGCGCGUGCGCAGUGGCGGGUCGGGCGCGUGCGCAGCUGCUGCUCCUUCCCGGCUCCAGCUUCUGCUGCUCACGCUCCUCCUCCCGCUCCCCACCCCCUCAGCCCGCCGCGGCCCGGUACCAACGUGGUCCCGCCAAGGGAGCUGUCGUGCCUCGUGCUCCCGGGACGGCGGCGGUGUGCGCUCGCGGCGCUUGGCUCUAGGCAUGGCGAUGGAUCAAGUGAACGCGCUGUGCGAGCAGCUGGUGAAAGCGGUGACGGUCAUGAUGGACCCCAGCUCCACCCAGCGCUACCGGCUGGAAGCCCUGAAGUUUUGUGAAGAGUUUAAAGAAAAGUGCCCUAUCUGUGUCCCUUGUGGCUUGAGGUUGGCUGAAAAAACACAAAUUGCCAUCGUCAGACAUUUUGGCCUUCAGAUCCUGGAACACGUUGUCAAGUUUCGAUGGAACAGCAUGUCUCGAUUGGAGAAAGUCUAUCUGAAGAACAGUGUCAUGGAGCUGAUUGCAAAUGGAACAUUAAACAUUUUGGAAGAGGAGAACCAUAUUAAAGAUGUUCUAUCUCGAAUUGUAGUAGAAAUGAUCAAGCGAGAGUGGCCACAGCAUUGGCCUGACAUGUUAAUAGAAUUGGACACUCUUUCCAAACAAGAGGAAACACAGACAGAAUUAGUGAUGUUCAUCCUUUUGCGACUGGCAGAGGACGUAGUGACCUUUCAGACGCUUCCCCCUCAAAGAAGAAGGGAUAUCCAGCAAACGUUAACACAGAACAUGGAAAGGAUCUUCAGUUUUCUACUUAACACACUGCAAGAAAAUGUAAACAAGUACCAGCAAGUGAAGACAGAUACUUCUCAGGAGUCUAAGGCUCAAGCAAACUGUCGAGUAGGAGUUGCAGCAUUGAAUACUCUGGCAGGCUAUAUUGACUGGGUGUCUAUGAGUCACAUUACUGCUGAAAACUGUAAACUCCUGGAGACACUGUGCCUGCUUCUGAAUGAACAGGAACUUCAGUUGGGAGCAGCUGAAUGUCUUCUCAUUGCAGUCAGCAGAAAAGGCAAGUUGGAAGACCGGAAGCCCUUGAUGGUCUUAUUUGGAGAUGUUGCCAUGCAUUACAUACUCUCUGCUGCACAGACUGCUGACGGAGGAGGCUUAGUAGAAAAACACUAUGUCUUUCUGAAGAGACUCUGUCAGGUGUUGAGUGCACUGGGCAAUCAGCUGUGUGCAUUGCUGGGUGUAGAUUCUGAUGUAGAAACACCAGCGAACUUUGGGAAAUACCUGGAAUCUUUUCUUGCUUUCACAACCCACCCAAGUCAGUUUUUGCGCUCUUCAACUCAGAUGACUUGGGGAGCCCUUUUCCGUCAUGAGAUCCUAUCUCGUGAUCCUUUGCUGUUAGCAAUGAUACCAAAAUAUCUUCGUGCUUCUAUGACUAACUUGGUCAAGAUGGGCUUUCCUUCUAAAACAGACAGCCCUAGCUGUGAAUAUUCUCGAUUUGAUUUUGAUAGCGAUGAGGACUUCAAUGCUUUCUUCAAUUCCUCCCGGGCCCAACAAGGAGAGGUGAUGAGGUUGGCAUGUCGUUUGGAUCCCAAGACUAGCUUCCAGAUGGCUAGGGAAUGGCUAAAGUAUCAGCUAACAACUUCUGUUGGUGCUGGAUCCCUGAAUUUGUGUUCUCCUGCCACUGGAACUGGAGAAGGAAGCCUCUGCUCCAUCUUCUCCCCUUCAUUUGCGCAGUGGGAAGCCAUGACCUUUUUCUUGGAAAGUGUGAUCAACCAGAUGUUUCGAACACUAGAUAGAGAGGAAAUUCCUGUUAAUGAUGGGAUAGAGUUGUUGCAGAUGGUCCUAAACUUUGACACCAAGGAUCCCCUCAUUCUGUCGUGUGUCCUCACUAACGUCUCAGCACUCUUUCCAUUUGUUACCUACACACCAGAGUUCCUGCCCCAGGUUUUCUCUAAGCUAUUUUCAUCUGUCACUUUUGAAACUGUGGAAGAAAGUAAGGCCCCCAGAACCCGGGCAGUGAGGAAUGUGAGGAGGCAUGCUUGUUCCUCUAUCAUCAAGAUGUGUCGUGACUACCCCCAGCUUGUGCUGCCUAAUUUUGACAUGCUUUAUAACCAUGUGAAGCAACUCCUCUCCAAUGAGCUACUCCUGACACAAAUGGAAAAGUGUGCUCUCAUGGAAGCCCUGGUUCUCAUUAGCAACCAAUUCAAGAACUAUGAGCGGCAGAAGGUGUUCCUAGAGGAGCUGAUGGCACCAGUGGCCAGCAUCUGGCUUUCUGAAGACAUGCAUAGAGUGCUGUCAGAUGUUGAUGCUUUUAUUGCCUAUGUGGGUGCAGAUCAGAAGAGCUGUGACCCAGGCCUGGAGGAUCCCUGUGGCUUAAACCGUGCACGAAUGAGUUUUUGUGUGUAUAGCAUUCUGGGUGUUGUGAAACGAACUUGCUGGCCCAAUGACCUAGAGGAGGCCAAAGCUGGGGGAUUUGUGGUGGGUUAUACACCCAGUGGAAAUCCAAUCUUCCGUAACCCCUGCACAGAGCAGAUUUUGAAACUUCUUGACAAUUUGCUUGCCCUUAUAAGAACUCACAAUACUUUAUACGCACCAGAAAUGCUAGGCAAAAUGGCAGAGCCUUUCACGAAAGCUCUGGAUAUGCUUGAAGCAGAAAAAUCUGCUAUAUUAGGAUUACCUCAGCCUCUCUUGGAACUCAAUGAUGCUCCUGUCUACAAAACAGUCUUGGAAAGAAUGCAGCGUUUUUUCUCCACCCUCUAUGAAAACUGUUUUCAUAUCCUAGGGAAGGCAGGCCCUUCCAUGCAGCAAGACUUCUAUACCGUGGAGGACCUUGCUACCCAGCUGCUCAGCUCAGCCUUCAUCAACUUGAACAAUAUUCCUGACUACCGACUCAGACCCAUGCUUCGGGUCUUUGUGAAGCCUCUGGUGCUCUUCUGUCCCCCAGAGCACUAUGAAGCCCUGGUAUCUCCCAUCCUUGGACCUCUUUUCACCUACCUCCACAUGAGGCUUUCCCAGAAAUGGCAACUCAUCAACCAGAGGAGCCUGCUGUGUGGAGAAGAUGAGACUACAGAUGAAAAUCCAGAGUCUCAAGAGAUGCUGGAGGAACAACUGGUGAGGAUGUUAACCCGAGAAGUCAUGGACCUAAUCACGGUUUGCUGUGUUUCAAAGAGAGGUGCUGAGCACAGUACUGCUCCCCCUGCAGAUGGAGAUGAUGAAGAGAUGAUGGCCACAGAGGUAACCCCCUCAGCCAUGGCAGAGCUUACAGAUCUGGGCAAAUGUCUGAUGAAACAUGAGGAUGUUUGCACAGCGCUAUUAAUUACAGCCUUCAAUUCCUUGGCCUGGAAGGAUACUCUGUCCUGUCAGAGGACAACCACACAGCUCUGCUGGCCUCUCCUCAAACAAGUGCUGUCAGGGACACUGCUCGCAGAUGCGGUUACGUGGCUUUUCACCAGUGUGCUGAAAGGCUUACAGACGCACGGGCAGCACGACGGGUGCAUGGCUUCUCUGGUCCACCUGGCUUUCCAGAUCUAUGAGGCACUGCGCCCUAGGUACCUGGAGAUAAGAGCCGUUAUGGAGCAAAUUCCUGAAAUACAAAAAGACUCUCUGGACCAGUUUGACUGCAAGCUUUUGAACCCCUCCCAGCAGAAAGUGGCUGACAAACGCCGGAAGGACCAAUUCAAACGCCUCAUUGCUGGUUGCAUUGGGAAACCCUUGGGAGAGCAGUUCCGAAAAGAAGUUCACAUUAAGAAUCUUCCAUCACUUUUCAAAAAAACAAAGCCAAUGCUGGAGACAGAGGUGCUGGACAACGACGGGGGCAGCCUGGCCACCAUCUUUGAACCCUGAAUCAAGUUUUUGGGCAUCCUU